AACUCACUCAUGGCGGACUACUACGGCGCCGGCCCUUCCUCACACACUGUCCCUGCUAAUGCCUACGAAUACGAUGUCGGGAUUCUGGCACAACAGAGUGUCUACGUCCCCGGCGCAAUGAUUGACAAGCGCGGUGGCUCUGGUGGAAAGGUUGCAAAGGGAGGCAAGCGGACGACGGUCCUCCGAAAGGGCGGAGGCAAGGUUUGGGAGGACCAGACGCUGCUAGAUUGGAAUCCAUCCUGGUUUCGUCUGUUUGUUGGCGAUCUCAGCAACGAUGUUUCUGACGAUGUCUUGGCCAAUGCUUUCAACAAGUACACCUCUUUCACGAAGGCUCGUGUCAUAAGAGACCGUCUCAGUCAGAAGGCCAAAUUCGGUUUUGUCGCCUUCUCAGAUCCAGAGGACUUCCUUAAAGCCUGGCGGGAGAUGGAUGGCAAGUACGUUGGCAAUCGACCCGUGAAGCUGAAGAAGGCAGAUGAUCUCAUUCGUCCGGUUGAAAUUGGUCAAAGGAAGGCGAGAGAGCUCGAUAAGAACCUGAAGAAGAACAACCGACACAGGCCAUACUAG